AUGAGUAUGGUGCUGGCUGUUGUUAUACCAAUGGCUAUUGUCAUCAAAGACGUAAGUUACGCUUACUGUUGUAAAAUUGACUUUUCAUAAAAUUUUAAUUAUGUUUAACAAUAUAAAUUUAUGUAUUGUAGUAGAGGAGUUAUAACGGUUUUCGUACGAAUCUUUCAUUAAUAGUAUGAAGUCUUUUCUAUGGUUAAAAACCUUUAAAUUUUCUUGUAAUGUUUAUUUUUCAGAAUUAUCUACCUGUUACCGGAAUGAGCAGAUUCAGCUUCUAUUUGUUUCAUUAUCUGUUUGGAUGUGUCAAAAUGACGUUGAUUAUGUUUGUCAUUGUUUUACCGUCAGCUUUUGUCCUAAAAGUAAGUUUUUAGAACACACUGGGUUUAACAUAGCAACUACAAUGAAUAAAUUUAUUAUUUUGGCAUACUGUAUUUUUUAGUACUUUAAUUUAUUUAUCUUCAUACUGUAAUUUUUUAAAAUUAUGCUUUUUUCAGUUUUUCGGGGUUUAUGUUAUGACAUUAAACAGUACAUUCCGUUUAAUUUAUUUUUUAAUGCCUAUAAGGACCUUUUUCUUUCAGCCAGCCGUCGGCAUCAGUCUACUGAUAAUAACAUUGGCAUUUGUGCCAUUUUGUGUAGCUUUUGCUCUACUUUGUGGUACUGUGAUGCAUCGCCCUGGAGCAGCAAUUACUUUGAAUAUAUUACUAUGUGUUGCGUCUUCAGCUUUGGCCUUAACUUUGGCAUCAAACCGACUUGAAGUUGGAUUGAUGUGUUACUCAUUUAACUCAAUAACUGCAUUGAAAAUGGAAAUUGCUGGCUUGGAGUUGUACCAGAGGUACGGUAGGCUUUGGGAUCGGCCAAGGCGGUGGUUUAGGAUGAGAUGGUGUUUUUUGGAGGGGGGAGAGGGAGGAUGGGUAAAAAAUUAAAAUUUUUUGAAAAUUUUAGAAAAUUUUUUGUUAUUUUUUAGACAUUCCACCAAGCGUAUUUGGCCGCUUCACCUAUCAUUUAGUUCUUCUCUUCAAUCAUUGA